UACAUGGAAGAUAUUCCAAAAUAGCCAAAAUCAAGCCUCUGGAAGUGAAAACAAAAACAAACAUACACUGAAUGGGCACUCAGUGGCAGUCUCUGCUCAGACCCGAUACUGCUUCCUCAUGCAUCUCACUCUGCUUCCUCCGUAACCAUGUCUAACAAACCUGAUAUGGCUGAAAUUGAGAAAUUUAGUAAGUCAAAAUUGAAGAAGAUAGAAACGCAAGAGAAAAAUCUGCCUUCAAAAGAAACAACUGAACAUAGGAAGCAAGCAGACAAAACGUAAUGAAGUAUAUACUGCCAGUAUGCACUAUACAUUCCCCAAGCAUUGUGUGUUUAAUUUUACUGCCUUUAGCUAUUUAACUUUAUAAGAAGCGGAGAGUUUGGAAUAAGUUUAAAUGACUGCUGCUCCUUUUACAUCAAAGUAUUGAGGACUACUGACAACAAAGGCCACAUACGUAUCCUCCCAUCUGCCUGUCUGGCUGGCAGGAAAGGAAGAGAACUUGCAUGCUGGUGAAGAAGUUGGGUAGGACAACAAUGAAAUCUAGAGUAAAAUCCAAGCUGUUCUAAGGUGCUGUAAAAUGCUGCUUAAUCAGAGUGUUAUUUUUUUGUUGUUGUUAAAUGAUAUUAAUUAUUGGA